UCUGCCUGGGAGGGCUGGAGGGGGGCGCCAGGCGGUGGCCGACCGGCCGGCCGGGAGGGAGGGAUGCCGGGGCUGGGGAGUGGGGUCCCCCUGAGGGAUGGCAAUCGUCCCUGAAGGCCGGAGGAGGGGGCCCAGCAUCAGCAUCCAGGCUCCCUCCUGCAUCCCUCCUGCAUCAGCACCACCAGGAGCAGCAGCAGCAGCACCGCAGCCUCCCCCGCCUGCUGCAAAGGCAGGAUCUGGGGCUAAGCGUCCCUGAGAGCCGCCAGUCUUUCCCUGAGGAGCCCCCCCGGGGGCUGCCCUCCCCACCCCACUUGGCAUGAUGAUGUGCGAGGUGAUGCCGACCAUCAACGAGGACAACCGCCGCGGCUCGGCCUACGGGGCCGAUGACGCCAACUUUGAGCAGCUCAUGGUCAACAUGCUGAAUGAGCGCGAGCGGCUGCUGGAGACCCUGCGCGACACGCAAGAAAGCCUGGCCACCUCCCAGCUGCGGCUGCGCGAACUGGGCCACGAGAAGGAGUCCCUGCAGCGCCAGCUCAACAUUGCCCUCCCGCAGGAAUUUGCAGCGCUUACCAAGGAGCUGAACUUAUGCCGGGAACAGCUGUCAGAGCGAGAGGAGGAGAUCUCGGAGCUGAAGGCAGAACGGAACAACACACGGUUGCUGCUAGAACACCUGGAAUGCCUUGUAUCGCGACACGAACGCUCCCUCCGCAUGACGGUGGUGAAGCGGCAGGCCCAGUCGCCGGCUGGUGUCUCCAGCGAGGUGGAAGUGCUGAAGGCCCUCAAGUCUCUCUUUGAGCAUCACAAGGCCCUGGAUGAGAAGGUUCGAGAACGGCUGCGAGUGGCCUUAGAGCGGGUUGCAGUAUUGGAGGAGGAGCUGGAGAUGUCCAAUCAGGAGUCUCUUUCCCUUCGAGAGCAGCUUGCCCGACGCCGAUCUGGCCUGGACGACCCCAGCAAAGAGGGAGACUCCCAGAUUUGUGCCAAUGGAUCCCUGGAGUUGGGGCGCGGUGGCCGGGAAUCCGAGCUAGAGGAGGUGUUGGAGCGCCAGCGAGGAGAGCUCUCUCAGCUGAAGGAGCGACUGACCAUGCUUUGCCGGCAGAUGGCAGAGCUGGAGGAAGAGCUGGCUACAGCCCAGCGGGACCUCAUCAAGUCUGAAGAGAUCAACGCCAAGCUGCAACGGGACCUCAAGGAGGCUCUAGCCCAGCGGGAGGACAUGGAAGAGCGGAUCACUACUCUGGAGAAACGCUACCUGAGUGCUCAGAGGGAGGCGACCUCUCUCCACGAUGUCAACGACAAGCUGGAGAACGAGUUGGCCAGUAAGGAAUCCCUGUACAGACAAAGUGAAGAGAAGAACAGGCAGCUACAAGACUGGCUGGAGGAUGCCAAGCAGAAGCUCCAGCAGACCCUCCAGAAGGCCGAGACCUUACCUGAGAUAGAGGCCCAGCUGGCCCAGCGAGUGGCAGCCCUCAACAAGGCAGAGGAGCGCCACGGGAAUUUUGAGGAGCGCCUGCGUCAGCUUGAGGCCCAGCUGGAGGAGAAAAACCAGGAGCUCCAACGGGCACGCCAAAGGGAGAAAAUGAACGACGAACACAACAAACGCCUCUCGGAAACUGUAGACAAGCUGCUCUCGGAAUCCAACGAACGUCUCCAGUUGCACCUCAAGGAACGGAUGGGGGCCCUGGAGGAGAAGAACACACUGAGUGAAGAAAUAGCCAACAUGAAGAAGGUUCAGGAUGAACUACUGGCAAACAAGGAACAACUCUUAACUGAAAUUGAGAGGAUGCACAUGGAGAUAGACCAGUUACGCGGGCGACCUGUCUCUACCUACUCCCGGUCCCUGCCGGGCAGCGCGUUGGAGCUACGCUACUCCCAGGCGCCCACGCUGCCCGUGGGGUCUCACGUGGACCAUUACAGCAGUGCUGGUGUGGCAAGACGUUCAAAGAAGGGCCGCUGGACCGUCAAGGACGAGGCUACCAAGGUGGAACCCCCUCAGGAGUGGGAACGCGCUCAACAGGCAGCUGGAGGCCCUUUCGAAGGCGGCUUGGACGGCUCGGAUGAAGAUGAGCGUGAUCCUCUCUUCAGCUCAGCCGACCUGCUCUCCCCCAGUGGGCAGGCUGAUGUGCAAACCUUGGCCAUUAUGCUACAGGAGCAGCUGGAAGCCAUCAACAAAGAAAUCAAGCUGAUCCAGGAGGAAAAGGAAUCCACAGAACAGCGGGCAGAGGAAAUUGAGAGCCGGGUGACCAGCGCCAGCUUGGACGGGUCCCUGGGACGCUACCGCUCGGGCACUUCCAUCCCUCCCUCUGUCACCAGUUCCACUCUGGCCAGCCCGUCUCCCCCCAGCAGCGGCCAUUCUACUCCCCGCUUGGCGCCCCACAGCCCUGCUCGCGAUGGAGAAAAAAUGCAGAACCACGUUGCCAAGGAAGACGGGCGAGUGUCCGAGGAGAAAGCCCUGGCCCUGUGCGAGCCCCCGGCUCCUUCCACCCCCCGCACGAUGCGUCUUGAGCGCAUGACCCAAGCCUUAGCCCUGCAGGCUAGCUCCCUGGAAGACGGGAGGGACCUGAGGACCAGCAUGGGGUCCGAUGUCACCAACAGCAGCCAGGACUCCUUGCACAAAUCCACCAAGAAGAAGAGCAUCAAAUCUUCCAUCGGGCGUCUCUUUGGCAAGAAGGAGAAAGGGAGGCUGGGGCAGUUGGGCCGUGAGUCCCCCUCACUUGCUGGGACACCGUCAGACGAGAUGUCGCCUGCAGAUCCCCUGGGCCUUUCCAAGCUGUCGGGACCAGUGGACAAAGACCGUAGGAACAAAAAGAAGCAUGAGCUGCUAGAAGAAGCUUGCCGGCAAGGCCUGCCCUUCGCUGCCUGGGACGGGCCCACUGUUGUCUCGUGGCUGGAGCUGUGGGUUGGCAUGCCGGCCUGGUACGUGGCCGCCUGCCGCGCCAAUGUGAAGAGCGGUGCCAUAAUGGCCAACCUGUCGGACACAGAAAUUCAGCGGGAAAUUGGCAUCAGCAACCCGUUGCACCGGCUCAAGCUGCGACUGGCCAUUCAGGAGAUGGUGUCGCUGACCAGCCCCUCGGCCCCCGCCACUUCCCGCACGUCUACUGGGAACGUGUGGAUGACGCAUGAAGAGAUGGAAUCUCUCACCGCCACAACAAAGCCAGAGACAAAGGAAAUCAGCUGGGAGCAGAUCCUGGCAUAUGGUGACAUGAAUCACGAGUGGGUGGGGAACGACUGGCUGCCCAGCUUGGGCUUGCCCCAGUACCGCAGCUAUUUCAUGGAGUCGCUCGUCGAUGCCCGAAUGCUAGACCACCUCAACAAGAAGGAACUGCGGGGCCAACUCAAAAUGGUGGACAGCUUCCACAGGGUGAGCCUCCAUUAUGGGAUCAUGUGCCUGAAGCGGCUGAACUAUGACCGGAAGGAACUGGAGAGAAGACGGGAAGAGAGCCAGAACCUAAUCAAAGAUGUGAUGGUGUGGUCCAACGAGCGCGUGAUGUGCUGGGUGCAAAUGAUUGGGCUGAAGGAGUUCGCCAACAACCUGAUCGAAAGCGGGGUGCACGGGGCCCUCCUGGCCCUGGACGACACCUUUGAUUGCAACGAUUUGGCCCUGCUGCUGCAGAUCCCUACCCAGAACACACAGGCUCGGCAGAUGUUGGAAAAGGAAUUUGGGAACCUCAUCACUAUGGGAACCGACCGGCGGCUGGAUGAGGACAGUGCCAAGACCUUCAGUCGUUCCCCAUCUUGGCGGAAGAUGUUCCGGGAGAAAGACCUCCGCGGUGUCAGCCCCGACUCGGCCGAGAUGCUGCCGGCCAAUUUCCGCACAGCCUCCGUGGCCUCCAUUACCUCACCCGGGGUGCAGCUUCGUAAGAUGCAGCCAGAGGGGAACUCAUUAGGUAGCCAACGGGCAGACAGUAUGUCAGUGCGAACGUACUCCUGUUAACGCCAAGAUGACUAAGAUGCCGCCCCCGAGUGCAUCUGGCCGCCACCACGCCUUGGACAGGAGGACUCCCCGCCACCGCUGCCCCUUCCUCAUCGUGUGCGCCAAUCCAGACUGCGAGGAGUCGACGCCGCUGCUGUUGUAAAGAAGGAGAAAAUGGGACCACGCGGGGAGGCUGGAGAGAGAGGAGGAGAGGCAA